AUGAGCAGAGCAGUUGACCAGAAAUCCCGGCACAAGAAGGAAAAAUCAAAGAAGGAAGAAAGACAAGAUAAAACAGACGACAAAAAAGUAGAGAAAGUGCACCCCAAGGCAAAGCCACUUUGCCCAUCCGCUGUAACCAAGAAAGUGUACGAUCUUGUGAGUCUUGCAAAGAAGAACCGCACUCUAAAGAUCGGAGUGAACGAAACCAUUAAGAAGCUCAACAAAGGAGAUGCAGAGCUAGUGCUUCUUGGCGGAAAUGCUCUUCCUUUUGCAAUUGUUGAGCCACUUGUAGUUCUGUGCGAAAAUAAGAACAGAACAUUCUUCUUUGUACCAAGCGUAUCCGCCCUAGGGAAGGCAUGCGGCCUAUCCAGACCAGUUGCUGCUUGCACUAUAGUCUACUCAGAAGACUCCAACAUUACAAGACUAAUUAAUGAAAUAAGAGAGCAAAUGAUAAAUCUUUAA